UGCGAGGGAGCAUGGUUGCAGAAGAGUGACGUGCACGGCGUUUUGUGUGGGAAAUAUAUUCCGCAAAAACACUAAAUUCUUGAAUUAAUUACUGUUACCGACGACCAGAGGUGCGAUGGAAAUAAUGGUGGUGUAGCUUUGUAGUUGGAACGAUUAUUUACGUGGCGUUUUCCCUGAAGCAGCGCUCAGUGUCGCGGUAAAGCAGGGUCGUUCUCGCUGCUGGGGAAGGAUGGCCACUCUGGCAGCUAAACGCGAGGGACCGCAGUUCAUCAGCGAGGUGGCAGUGAGGGGCAACGCGGCGGUGCUGGAGUACUGCCGGACCUCGGUGUCCGCUCUGUCCGGGGCCACCGCGGGCAUCCUCGGUCUCACUGGCUUGUACGGUUUCAUCUUCUAUUUCCUGGCUUCCUUCCUCUUGUCGGUGCUUCUCAUCCUCAAAGCUGGUCGACGGUGGAACAAAUGCUUCAAGUCGCGACGGCUGCUGUUCACCGGAGGCCUCGUCGGGGGCCUCUUCACCUACGUUUUGUUCUGGACUUUCCUGUACGGCAUGGUGCACGUGUACUGAAAAAGGAGAGGACUCUGCAGUCCGCGGGCUAUCGGGGUCGAGCAGCUAUGUUGUAGUGCAGUGGUUUCCAAACCUGCCCUGCACAUUUUAGUGUUUUCCUUAUUUUUCUCACACCUAAACCAACUAAUCAGCACAUUCACAAGCCCUUCCCGAGAGUAAAAGGGUGUAUUUGAACAAGAAAACACAAAAAAUAGGCAGGCCAAGGCUGCGUCCAGAACCACAUACUACAGGUUCCCUAUCCCAGUCCUGGGGACCCCACACUAUGCACAUUUUUGUGCUUUCCCCCAUCUAGCACACCUGAUACAACUUUUUAAUGAAAUGACAAUAGUUCCUUUUGUGAUGGGUUAGGUGUGUUCCCAGGACUGACUUUGGGAACCCUUGGCAUACUGUAAUGUCUGAAUAGUAGAUCACUAGUACUAAUGAAUUCACUAGUAUAAUACACAGUGUAGUAGUAUGUGGUUUUGGCUGCAGCCGAGGAUCAGGGGUGGGAAUCUGUAGGAUAGCUUUAACAAAAUAUAGAUUUGCAUUUGUGCAUAGAUUGAGACCGUGCUAAACGUAAGAAUGUGUUAGCUACUAAAUGUAUAGGCAUAAUUUAAUCUAAAGUGUUUUUUUUCCCUGUUGAUAUCCAGAGGGUAGUCUACUCUGUGCUCCUCUGCUGGUAUCUGAUUGCACUGAACUUUUCUGAAAUGCUGCCCAAUCCUGAACUGCCUCAGUACCUGGGCUUGGAGGCCAAGGGGUGAAGCUCGCAGCCCUGAACCAAGUCCUUUCCCCAGUGGAAACUGCAAGAGCUGUGUAGGUCUGUUUGGAGUUUAGCAUACUGGUUGAGGGAACUGACAAACUUUGUCAGUUUUGUGAGCGACAGAUCUGUCAUGUUCUCAUUCCACCGAGGGGAAAUAAUGCACCAUGUAAGACCUUCUGAAUUAUAUAACUACAGAUAGUGUGUCCGAGUAUUUCUAAGGUUUCUUCUACAAUAAAUUAAUCCCUCAACACGGUUGGUG